UCGCGCGUGAAUGACGUCAUUAGACGUUUUCCAUCAUGGCGGCGAAAGGCUGUGAAGAGAUGAGCGGCAACGGGGACCUAGAAGAGUCUUCGGCAAGUGCCAUCAACCUCCAUAAAAAAACUCAAGAAACUUACACCUCAAGAAAGUUAAGCAGAUUAAGAGAAAUGGACAUGGAGGCUUCUGAGGUUCCUGCAUCCUCUCAGACUGAGUUGGCAGAGAUGUCGGAAGAAAACGGCAAUCUCGCCGUGGCCCCUGAGGCCCCCGUAGUAGGCCCCGACCCUGCUACCUUCUCAAUGCCCCCGGCUUCAGAAGACGAGGAGGGAGAACUGCCCGCCGACUUUGAGCGCCUGUGGAAGUCCGCCCACGACAAUCCUCAAGACUUCACCAGCUGGACUGACCUGCUGCAGUACUGUGAGCAAGAGAGUCACAUGACAGCGUCACGCAGAGCGCUAGAGGCCUUCCUCGCUCGCUACCCGCUUUGCUACGGCUACUGGAAGAAAUUCACCGAUCUGGAGCGCCGCGCUGGGUACAACAACAAAGCCGAGGAGGUGUGUGUUCAGGGUCUCCAGGCAAUCCCUCUAAGUGUCGAUCUGUGGAUCCACUACAUCAAUCUGCUGCUGGGAACGCUGGACAUGAACCUGCCUGAGUCGCCCACGCGGAUUCGCAGUGUGUUCGAGGAUGCGGUUGUAGCAGCAGGUCUGGACUUCCACUCAGACCGGCUUUGGGAUCUUUAUGUCGAGUGGGAGAAGGAGCAGGGCAACAUGAAGAACGCAUCAGCAGUCCUUGACAGAGUCCUUAAAGUCCCCACCCAGCUCUACAACACCCACUACGAGAAGUUCAAGGACCACCUGAACAGCCACGAGCCCAAAGAGGUGCUUUCCCCGGAGGAGUACGAGGAGCUGAGGACGUUGUGCCGUCAGAGUCAGAAGGCAGAGCGUGCCGAACAGGCCCAGGAGGAGGAGGAGGAGAGGCCGCCAGGGGAGGAAGAGCCUGCCACACCUGAGGGCACAGACACAGAGGAAUUGAUGCAGAAGAUUAGGGAACAAGUGCUGGUUCGCAGGGACAAAGUGUACCAGGACAACGAGGGAGAAGUCCGCAAGAGAUGGCACUUUGAAGACGCUAUCAAACGGCCCUACUUCCACGUCAAGCCACUAGACCGCCUCCAGCUGCGGGCCUGGCACUCCUACCUGGACUGGGAGAUCGCUCAGCUCCACAACGACACCGAAGACUCCCCAGACGGCCAACAAGAUCCAAACCAGGAAGCCCUAGAGGGGUCGGAGGUUGCUGCCCAGCCUCAGGACCAAUCUCAGAAAGCUGCGGUUGCCCAUGAUGACCGCAGGGUUCGCAUCCUCUUCGAGCGCUGUCUGAUUGCCUGCGCUCUGUAUGAGGAGUUCUGGAUCAGGUACGCUCAGUACCUGGAGUCGCAGAGUGCGGACGAGGCUCGGGCUGUCUUCAAACGAGCCUGUGAGAUCCACCUGGUGUACAAACCCAACAUCCACAUGCAGUGGGCCACAUUCGAGGAGAGGCACGGUGACUUAACCGAGGCUCGGCGAGUGCUGGAGGCCCUGGAGAAAACUCUACCUGGGUUAGCCGUAGUCCGUCUUCGCAGGGCAGCUUUAGAGAGGCGAGCGGGCCAGCUGGACCAAUCAGAGGCCUUGCUGCAGGAAGCAGUGGCCGAAUCCAAAGAAAAGCCCACGUUACAUGCUUUUUAUUCUAUUAAGCUGGCUCGCCUCCUGCUGAAACUGGGCAGGAACCCCAGCAGAGCCCGCAGAGUUUUACAGGAGGCGCUAGAGAUUAGCCCGGAUAACGAUAAGCUGCACUUGAAUCUGUUGGAGCUGGAGGUUUCGGGGGACCCCUGGGCCUCAGCUGAGGCGGUGCAGGAGUGUGUGACGCGAGCCCUGGCAGCUCCCCUCGCCCCACACACCAAGAUCCUCUUCUCACAGAGAGGGCUUCAGUUCGCAGAGGACUACAGCAACUCUAUCCAGAGUGUGCUGUCUGUCUAUGAGGAGCACCAGAAACUGCUGAAGGAGCUGGGUGGAACGAAGAGAGAAGCAGAGAACGGGGAUGAGGACCCAGAGAAGAUGAGCAAAAGUGAGGACGGCUCUGCUGUUGCCGUGUCUGCAUCAGUCCCAGCUACCAUGCCACAUGUCCCCAUCACCACACCCCCUCCCCCUGUGAUGGGCGCCGACGCAAACUCCCAGACUGGCUAUGGGGCAUACAGCAGCUGGUAUCAGCAACCGCAGUACGCCGGCUACGGCUACCAGAACACAUGGAACUACAACCAAGGCUACUAUCCUCCCAGCUAAAGGGGGCGACAGUGACACCAAGAAGCCACCGGAAGUGGUUUAAUCCAGAAUGACUCUUUAGGUCAACAAAAAAAACUCAACCACCCAGUCCUGCUGGUCCACCUGCUAAAAUAAGAUCCUAGCAUCCUUUCCUCUCCGUCCUUCCUCUGAGUAACCUCACUGUCCUGGAUUUGUAUAAAUAAGGGGCAAGAGUUCUCUUUUAGCAUUUUGUGUCACGUCAGUGUUCUGAGGGACAGGUGGAAAGAUGAUGAAAGAAAACUGCCGCUCCCAUUCUCGGUACAUCAGUGUCUCUCCAUUUUAAUCAGAAAUAUUUUUGUAUUUGUUUGCAAGCCCAACCCCUUCGCUCAUGUUUUAAAGUCAUCUAGUCUAUCCAACUUUACAGGUGACAUGAUUGACAUUUUGUACCAUUCCAGUGAAUGCUAUGUUUUUUUCUAAUGUAUAUAAAGGUGUUUUAUAGUGUGUCACAAU